GGAUCGAAUUUCAAACGGCACUCAUCAACAGCAGCUGGUCUUACUUCAAAAAAAUCAACCCCAAUUUGCUAUCUCAUCUAUCAAUGGCGAAGACCAACAAAACGAAGAGACCACAGUUGAUCAAGCAAGAAGAACAGAUAGGUGACAUAGAAGAUUUGUUUAGCGAAGAAGAUACCCACAAAAUAAGGGCAUCGUUGUUAGAAUGGUACGACAAGAACCAAAGAGACCUCCCAUGGAGAACAUCAACAAAAAAAUCAGAAAAUGGCGAAAAUGUUCAAGAAGAAGAAGAAGAAGAAAAGAGAGCAUAUGGAGUAUGGGUUUCGGAAGUGAUGCUGCAACAAACAAGGGUUCAAACUGUAAUUGAUUAUUAUAAUCGUUGGAUGUUAAAAUGGCCUACUCUUCAACACCUUUCCCAAGCUUCUCUUGAGGAAGUGAAUGAGAUGUGGGCUGGGUUAGGGUAUUACAGAAGAGCUCGUUUUCUUCUAGAGGGAGCCAAGAUGAUUGUUGCUGAGGGAAGUGAGUUCCCGAAUACUGUUUUUGCCUUGAGGAAGGUUCCCGGAAUAGGAGAUUAUACGGCCGGAGCAAUCGCUUCAAUAGCAUUCAAACAGGUAGUGCCUGUUGUUGAUGGAAAUGUAGUUAGGGUGCUUGCAAGACUAAAGGCAAUUUCCGCUAAUCCAAAAGACAAAACUACUGUCAAGAACUUCUGGAAGCUAGCAGCUCAACUCGUCGAUCCUUCACGACCUGGGGAUUUUAACCAGUCACUAAUGGAACUUGGUGCAACUUUAUGCACCCCAUUGAACCCAAACUGCACUUCGUGUCCUGUUUCGAGCCAAUGUCGUGCGUUACAUAAUUCCAGAAAUGAUGAGUCAGUUAUGGUGAUGGAUUAUCCUAUGAAAGUGGUAAAAACCAAACAAAGAAAUGAUUUUUCCACCGUCAGUGUUGUGGAGAUAUCCAGAAGCCAAGAUAGAUUGCAACAAACCAAAUCCAACAGCAGAGUCCUUCUCGUCAAACGGCCGGACGAAGGUUUACUUGCCGGUCUUUGGGAGUUCCCGUGUGUUACAUUGGAUGAAGAAGCUGACUUAUCCAUGAGGAGAAAACUAAUUGAUCAACUAUUGAAGAAAUCAUUUAAACUUAACCCUCCAAAGAACUGUAACGUAAUUUCUAGGGAACUUGUCGGGGAAUUUGUCCAUGUUUUCAGUCACAUUCGCCGUAAGAUCUAUGUCGAGUUGUUGGUGUUACAUCUUAAAGGUGGAAAGCAUGUCUUGUUCGAAGAGGAUGACAUAAACGCCACGGAUUGGAAGCUUUUGGACUGCGAAGCCGUUUCGAGGAUGGGAUUGACAUCGUCUGUAAGGAAGGUAUACUCCAUGGUUCAAAAAUUCAAACAAGACGGAACAUCCAACAAUUCCGUCCCAUUGAGGAAAAGGCCAAAGUGUUCAUGAACCAAGUCGAACACGUUAGGUGGCAAAACAAGUGGGAAAUAUAUGACAUAUUUAAUCUUUAACGAUUGAGGGAUCAUUUUGUACGUUAGUACAGUUUUGUAAGAUUUGAAAGUUGAAUGACCAAAAUGUAAUUUUAAACAAAAUUUAGAUA